UUAACCCACAGUAAGUAGAUCUACCGAACACUUUAGACGUGCCGAGCCGCGUCUGUGAAUCGAACGUGAUUCAUUUGAAAGAGGAAAAUGAUAUCCUACGUCUUAGCUAUAUAUUUACUUCUGAUCGUUAAUUCCUGCAAAGCAUUACCAGAGGAAAUCAAGAAAUGUCGGUUUGGGGACGAUAAAUGCAUAGUUGAGUCAAUAAAUGAUAUCAUAGGAAAAUAUCCAAAAGGAAUACCUGAAAUAGGCAUCAAGCCAAUCGAUGUGGUUGAUAUAAAGGAUACAGAACUCUUAAAAACAGAUCGAACUGGAGUUUACUGGGCGGCCGUCAAGUUGAUUAACCAAGUCAACUAUGGCUUCGAAAACACAACCAUUACCAGCGUUGAGGGCUUCGAAAAGAAUCCCACAGCCAGCCAAAUAGUAAUCUCUGGUCGCAUACCCACUUUGGUGCACAAGGGCACUUUGGACGCAAACAUUCGGAUCUGGUGGGUUCAAUUGAAUCAGACCUGUAAAUCGAUAUCGGAAUUUCAUAAUAUGUACUUCACCUUAACACUGAAAGUCUCACUGGAAUUUCGGAAUAAUAAACGAUACCUGAAAAUCUACGAAUUGAGUCCAACUGUGAAAAUCGAUCGCUGGAUUUUAGAGAUUGAAAGCCUUUUUAAAGAAAACACCGAUCUUACCAUCUUUUUAAAUCGGUUGUUCAACCAACGAUGGACUGAGAUCUGGAAUGAAUGGGAACCAAGAAUAUUGGACACAUUUGCCAGUGUCUUUAUCGGCAUGAUAAAAGAUACAUUCAAUCAAAUUCCUUACGACGACUUGUUUCUGCCAGAUGAUAAUUGAUCUUGAUGGGAUAUCCUAUAGUUCAUCCUGUUAUGAUAUGACAACGUAUCAAGUUUUGAAAAGAAAUAACUUGUUUUGGCUAUUUUGCAGUUUUGGGCUAUCAAUCUGUAGAGUUAUUUGAAUUGGGCCGAUAAUUGUCUUAGUUAUAGUUAAUAGGUAUAUAAAUGCAUUAAAUGCAUUUCAGAUCCCAAAAAUCAUAUGUAUUCUUGGUCAGCAUCAAUAGCCGAGUUGAUCUAGCCAUGUAUUAGCUAUCGGAUUCGGUUUCUUGACCACAUCUUGGAGCUUUUAAGGGGUAGACAUACAAAAUUUUGGAUGUGAUAACCUUCCCCGUUCAGGGAAGAUGAAGCACAGAAACGUGUGUGUGUCUUUCUCUGUUUUUGUGAAUAAUAGAUAGAAUAUUAGAAGUGCGAAUGUUUCAGGGUAUCUCCUAGUCAGGCACUCCCAACUAGAGCACUCGUACAUGUUUGGUUUAAUUCGUAUAUUUAAUUUUAUUUGUUAAUAAAUAUUCCUAAUGAAAUGAGUUAAUAAAAGUACCGAUACAACUAUUA